CAAAAUUGCACGCUGUGCCACUGUAGCUUGGGCAGUUUUGCCAGCCAUGGCUACUGGUGGAAGCGCUGCCACUGUGGACAGUGCAGACAUAGUCAGGCUGAUUCUGCAGUUCUGCAAAGAAAACAGCCUUUUUAGGACCUUGCAAUGCCUUCAGGAAGAGUCCAGAGUGUCUCUAAAUGCGGUAGACUCCCUGGAUGCCUUGCUCAGCGACAUCAACAAAGGCCAUUGGGACUCAGUGUUGCAGGCAGUUUCCUAUCUUAGCUUGCCCGCCAACAUACUCCAAGAUUUGUACAGCCAGGUCGUGCUGGAGUUGGCUGAGUUGCGUGAGGUGGAUACUGCACACCACCUGCUGCGGGAGACAGCGCCAAUGAACUCUUUGAAGCAGGCAAAUCCCGAGAGGUACCUUCGCAUUGAAGCGUUGAUAAAGAAGAACCACUUUGACGCGAAUGAAGCCUAUGAAGGCUUAAGCAAAGAAAAGAUUCGAGGACAUUUGGCACAAAACGUCAGCAAGCACGUGCAGGUGGCCGCACCUUCCAGGUUGUUGGCAUUGGUGGGUCAGGCUAUGAAGUGGCAGCAGCAUGUGGGCCUUUUGCCCAAGAACGCUCGGAUAGAUGUUUUCAGAGGUGUGGCGAAAGACUCCGAAGUUGAGGCAGAACAAUGCCCCACUAUGAUCGCAAGGAGGGUGAAAUUUGGUGAAAAGUCACACCCGGAAUGUGUGACUUUCUCACCUGAUGGCCAGUUUUGCGUUUCUGGCUCCGUGGAUGGAUUCGUGGAGGUUUGGGACCAUCAGACUGGCACUCUCCGAAAGGAUUUGCAGUACCAAGAUGAAGGCAGCUUUAUGAUGCACGAGAAAGCAGUCAUCGCGGUAGCUUUCAACAAAGAUUCGGAACUUUUGGCAAGUGGCUCACAAGAUGGCCAGGUGAAAGUCUGGCGUGUGGCCACUGGUCAGUGUGUGCGCCGCUACGAGAAAGCGCACAAUGAAGGGGUCACUUGUGUCACUUGGUCGAAGGACUCUACACAGCUUCUUACAGGCUCAUUUGAUUUUACUGCGCGUGUGCAUGGCAUCAAGUCGGGCAAGACCCUGAAGGAGUUCAGAGGGCACAAAUCAUACGUAAACUCUGCAGCCUACAGCAAGGAUGGUUCCAAAGUGAUAACAGCAUCAUCAGACAGCCAUGUGAUAGUCUUUGAUUCAAAGACCACUGAGAUCUUAAACACUUUGACUCCACCACCACCAGCGCACUGCAGCUCUAUAAUGGACUAUGCUGUCAAUUCUGCGAUUGUGGCGCCAAAGAUAGCAGGAUAUUCAGAGCAAGAAGAUCUUAUCUUUGUGUGCACAAGAACCAACACCAUUCUGCUGAUGAACCUUGCUGGCCAGGUUCUCAAGAGCUUCUGUUCUGGAAAGCGAGACAAAGGUGAUUUUGUGGCGAUGACAAUCUCUCCAAAAGGAGAGUGGCUUCAUGCCGUUGCUGAGGACAAUACCUUGUACUGCUUCUCAGUAGCUUCGGGCGGCCUAGAGCAGACCUUGAAGGUGGCAGAGAAGGAGGUGAUUGGGCUGGCACAUCAUCCAAGCCGAAACGUCAUUGCUGGCUUUGCUGGUGAUGGAACAAUGGUCUUUAUGCGAGCCUAAGAAGUGAGACCGUGAUCGAAACCGCGAG